AGGCCUGAGUGGGCUCGAGCUGAAGCCGACACCGGGAGCGGCGCCCCUCAGCCUCAGCCCCGACACCGCCUGAGCCUCAGCCCCGACACCGCCUGAGCCUCAGCCCCGACACCGCCUGAGCCUCAGCCACACGGAAUCUGAAGAGUGGAGGUGGUCCAAGAAAUUGAGUGUUUCUUGUAAAUCCUACGUUUUGUUUCUGUUCACGGAUUUGGUGAAAAUUGUGGUGAGUUAUCCAGGUUGGGAAAAUGUCUGUGGAUAUGAAUAGCCAGAGCUCAGACAGUAACGACGAUGAUUAUGAUGGAAACUCUGAUGAUGAUGAAGAUGAUCAGGAGGAUAUGAGUGACUAUUAUGAAGGAGUGGCGAAUGAUGUGGAGCAACAAGGUGCAGAUUCUUUCGACCCAGAGGAAUACCAAUUCACCUGUCUAACCUACAAGGAGUCCGAGAACGUACUAAACGAACAAGUCGAUACUUUGGCAAGGAGCCUUAAGGUUCAGCCGUCUGUAGCCAAGCUUAUUUUAGUAAACUUCCAUUGGAAAAUCCCUGAAAUUUCAGAAAGGCAUACGUCUAAUGCAACCCAGCUUCUGGUGGAAGCCAGAGUUCAGCCGAGCACGUUAAAAAAUACCUUGAUACAUUCCUCCCACCAGUGUGGUGUGUGUCUGCAGUUAGUUCGGAAAGAGAACCUGAUAUCCUUGCCCUGCCAUCAUCAAUUCUGUCGCAGCUGCUGGGAGCAGCACAGCACUGUACUGGUGAAGGAUGGCAUUGGAGUGGGAAUAUCCUGUAUGGCACAGGACUGCCUACUCCGAACACCUGAGGAUUUUGCUUUCCCUUUGCUUGCUAGCGAAGAAUUGAAAGAAAAAUACAGGCGCUACCUCUUCAGGGAUUACAUAGAGAGCCAUUAUCAGCUUCAGCUGUGUCCUGGUGCUGACUGUCCGAUGGUGAUCCAGGUACAGGAGCCGAAAGCCAGGCGUGUGCAGUGCAGCCUUUGUAAUGAGGUUUUCUGCUUCAAAUGUCGCCAGAUGUACCAUGCCCCCACUGACUGCACCACCAUUAAAAAAUGGCUCACCAAAUGUGCCGAUGACUCAGAGACUGCAAAUUACAUCAGUGCACAUACAAAAGAUUGUCCCAAGUGCAAUAUUUGCAUUGAGAAAAAUGGAGGGUGCAAUCACAUGCAAUGCUCCAAAUGCAAGCAUGAUUUCUGCUGGAUGUGCCUGGGAGACUGGAAGACCCACGGAAGCGAGUACUAUGAGUGCAGCCGAUACAAGGAGAACCCGGACAUUGUGAACCAGAGCCAGCAGGCACAGGCUAGAGAAGCACUGAAGAAAUACCUGUUCUACUUUGAAAGGUGGGAGAACCACAAUAAAAGUCUGCAGCUGGAGGCGCAGACAUACCAGCGGAUUCAGGAGAAAAUCCAGGAGCGAGUGAUGAACAAUCUGGGAACGUGGAUUGAUUGGCAGUACCUGCAGAAUGCUGCCAAACUGCUGGCUAAGUGUCGUUACACUCUGCAGUAUACAUAUCCGUACGCCUACUAUAUGGAGUCUGGACCCAGGAAGAAACUGUUUGAGUACCAGCAAGCACAGCUGGAGGCCGAGAUUGAGAACCUCUCCUGGAAGGUGGAGCGAGCAGACAGUUAUGACAGAGGGGAUCUAGAGAAUCAGAUGCAUAUAGCAGAGCAGAGGCGAAGAACGCUUCUGAAGGAUUUUCAUGAUACAUCGGACUAAAGCGAGCUAAGCGUCCGGCUGGCUUUUGAAACAGGAGUUGUCUCUGGAAGAAGAUGAAAUAUUGUUUCUAAUUUUGUUCAUUCAUCUUUAACACCUUUUGGGAUUUGUUUUUUUUUCCUUUCAGCCGGAGUGGUUCCCAGGGUUUACAGUGGUUCCAUUCAUGAGGCGCUUUCCCCCCCCCCCACUCCUCUGUCUCUCUCCAGCCCACGGUGUAGUAGUGUUAGAUCAUAAAAGUUGAUGUAUUUCUUUUUUGAAAAAUUGUACAUUAACAGAGGAAACCGAACAGGGGGAUUGUUUAAACCUUUUUAGCAUUAUAGCAAGUGUGAACUUUACAAAUGCUUUCACAGAGACUUGAACAAUUACAAAAAGUGUCACCUUAACCAAAGGCAUUAACGUUGCUACACGUUUUCAUUAGAAAUAUUUGGGGGAAUUUGUGGCACAAUCUAAUCAUAGUGCAUACUGGCAGCAAGGCACUCUGUAUAGACUACUGCUACAACAUACAGGUUAAAAGGUCCCCUUGAAACCAUUUGUCUCUGGGCUUUGCAGCAUUAUUUUACUUCAAAUGUGAAUUUGUUUCAUAGUAUUGAACUACUUUGAAUAGUGAUUUCUUUUUUCCCUCUCUCCCUCCCACCCAAACUCUUUUGUAAACUCAAAACAACCCAAAGUCUGGCAGCAACAGCCCUGUGCGGUGUGCUUGUGCAUCGCUGGGUUUCUCAAAAAAUAUCUGAAUGAGAUGCCGUGUACUUUAGGAUUCUUUCUUACCCGCACUGGAGAAUACUGCAAAAUGUAUUUCUCCAUUGAGAUUAGCAAUAUAAUACUGAGUCUCCACUGUUACUACCUCUAAUGUGCUAAACGUAGAGCAUUACAGUCAUUGGCUUGGGCUGUUACAAGAAGGGGUUUAGAGGCUUAUGGGGUUUAGUGGCUUUAUAUAGCACGCUGUAACCCCUAGAGUGUGUAACUUGUUGCAUAAUUUAAACCAGCUAUUAUCUUCAACAACUUGAAAGUCUUUUUUAAAAUCCUGUGCAGUUGCGGCUAUUUUUCUCCAGCGCUGACAUUGUGUGAGGUACUUUCUAUUAGUGAGGUGGGGGUGGAGGUGACAGGAUAUUCACAAAGUAGCGUUUUUUUUAAUAUAAACCUCAAUUGUGUUGGUCAA